GGAGUCCACAAGACGUCCCAGGUGACAGAGGGGGUGAAAUGAGUUCCAAAAGGUGCCGGACGGAGGAGACCAACAUCUGCGAGAAAUGCUGUGCAGAGUUCUUUGAGCUUUCCGAAUUCCUCGAGCAUAAGAAAAAUUGCACUAAGACGCCACCUGUCCUAAUCAUGAACGACGGCGAGGUCACGGUGCCCCUGGAAGACUUCCCUGACAGCUCCUCGGGGAGUUUCCCCAGCAAUCAGAUGGACGGUCAGACGGCCAAAGGGAGCCCUGCCAAGAGUCACUCUGCUUCUGCGGAGAAGAGAGGAGAGAAGGUCGGUGCUGAACCGGAGGGAGGGAUGUAUCUCAAAACGGAGCCCCCUGUCGCUCCCGCGGCUCAUGAGUUGAGCUAUAUGCCCAAACCUAAAGUACCAAACACUAACGUGACUUUGCAGUCCAUACGUGGCACUAAAGUGGCUGUCAACCAAUGUACCUCGGAGACUGUGUCUCCAUCCAUGGCUGGCCUCAACGCCAUCCCCAUGAUCCUUGAGCAGCUCGUGUGCCUACAGCAGCAGCAGCUCCAACAGAUCCAGCUGACGGAGCAGAUCCGGAUCCAGAUUGCCAUGAUGGCCCCCCACAUCCUGCAUCCUUCAAUAGCUGCUGCCGACCCGCUCAAAGCUUUGGGAGCCCACAUGUCCCAACAACUGUCAGCUGCCGUGGCGUUAAUCGGACAGAAAGCUGGGAACCAAAGCCUAUCCCUGGAAUCCUUGAAGCAAGGCAAACUACCUCAUUCGAGUGCCGGCAUGCCGGCCGCUGUCUCUAUGGCCGGCGGGCUCACGCCAGCGGCCAUCUCCUUGAAGCCCGACGCAAUCAGAGGCCUGUCGGGCGCCAUCUCCCGCUUCCCGAACCCUUUGCUACCUCAAUCGUCCAGCUCGGUCAUCUUCCAAAACCCGCUUUCGGCCAUUUCCCCAGCAGCGGUCGACCCCUCGAAGAAGGCGAAAGGGAAGCUGGCCACCCUCAACAUGCCCGAAAACAAACCAAGCCUGGAAGAGCCUUCCUCCUUCUUCAAACACAAGUGCAAGUUCUGUGGCAAAGUCUUUGGCAACGACAGCGCCCUGCAGAUCCACCUCCGUUCGCAUACGGGCGAAAGACCCUACAAGUGCAACAUCUGUGGCAAUCGCUUUACGACCAAAGGCAACCUUAAAGUGCAUUUCCAGAGGCAUAAGGACAAAUAUCCCCAAAUCAAAAUGAAUCCUUACCCUGUACCGGAACACCUGGACAACAUGCCCACCAGCAGCGGCAUACCCUAUGGGAUGUCUGUCCCACUGGAUGAAUCCAACCUUAUUGUAGACACCAAGCCCAUCUUGACUGCACUGCCUACCUCUGUAGGUGCCAGCUUACCUCCACACGCUUCCAACUUGGCAAGCAGCAAGGAUUCUUUUGCCGGUGUGCUUCUGAGUGACAUGCAGCCCAGGCCUUCUCCGGAAAGUGAAGGUGGGUCUUCAUCGGGUACGGCGAGUCACGAGUCGGGAGUCGAGCAGAACAGGAGUUCCCCGCAGGCCGGCUGCAGUGCAAGUGUGUUUCAUGUGGGCAGAGCUGGUGAGCAAGGCUCCGAAACGACAAAGCUUCAGCAGCUGGUGGAGAACAUUGACAAAUCCGCGUCGGACCCCAACGAGUGCCUGAUCUGCCACCGAGUCCUCAGCUGCCAGAGCUCCCUCAAGAUGCAUUACCGCACUCACACGGGCGAGCGGCCCUUCAAGUGCAAGAUCUGUGGCCGCGCCUUCUCUACCAAAGGCAACCUCAAGACGCAUUAUGGAGUGCACCGCGCAAAUACCCCCUUGAAGAUGCAGCACUCCUGCCCCAUCUGCCAGAAGAAGUUUACCAAUGCCGUGGUGCUGCAGCAACACAUCCGGAUGCACAUGGGUGGACAAAUCCCCAAUAGCCCAGUCCCAGAAAACACGCGGGACAACACUGAGGUGGAGGCUACUGUAGCUGAGAACAACGGAGACCCGUGUUGCCUGGAGGAUAAUGUGGAAGCCAUGGAUACAGAAGAUCUGGAGUCACGGGAUGGCCUAAGCCACUCUUCCAAGCCACUUGCCCCAUGUGGUACUCCAGGCGAGCCUACGAGUUCUGUUUUCUCCAGCAUUUCAGCCCUGGAAAGCCAAAUGAAGAUGGUGAACUCCACCUUGUCCUUGCAGCGCCAAAGCAGCCAGAAAUGCAGCGAUAAUGGCUCAGGAGAGAGCGAUGGUAUGACCAAUGACUCUUCCUCAGUAAUGGGUGAUGCAGACUAUCAGAAUGGCAGCCGCAGUCCUGUUGCCUCUGAUUCAGCUUCUUUCCCAGCAUUGUCUCCAGCCAACAGUCAAGCAGAGAGCCCCACAUCCAAGUCUCCAGACUUUAACAUCCAAGAGGACAGUGCAGCGGGAAGUAAGGCUGAGGGUCCCGAAACCCACACCACGGGUCCUGAAAUCCGUCCCGUGGAAAGGGAUAGUGCUUUGGAUCUAACUUAUGGCAGUAUUGGUCGAAAGAUUAUCAAAGAGGAACCUGGGUUGCUCUUCCCAAAUGGAGAAUAUGGUGAGUCACCCUUUCUUUCUUUCUUUCUUUCUUUCUUUCUUUCGUCCCCAUUACAGUUACUGUUACAUCUAUGGGUGUGUGUUUUGGCUUCACAGCUUGCUGACUGUGCCUGGCUAGCAAGUCUCUUGGACCAGGUAUGGAGAAGCAGUGGCAUUCCAGAUGUUGAUGGACUACAUUUCCCAUCAGCCCUGACCACUGGCUGUAUUGGCUGGGGCUGAUGGGAGUUGGAUUUCGACCAUGUCUGGUGUGCCAGAGGUUCUCCAACAAUGCGCUACAGAAAGGGAGCACCCAGCCUGGGAGACUCCCAGGUUGGAGAAAUGCUACAGCUGCUCUCUUUGUGGAAUUGGUAUUGGUCUUUCUCUGGAUCUAAAGCUAAGCAACAUGAUGGGAGGCUUGAGAACAAUCCGAUGUCCUCUUGCCAUCAGAUGAGCAAAGUAGAAGUCAGGUAACCACUGCCUCUGUUUCUUUGCCAGGCUUCUGCUUCCUCACCAUCUGUCUGCCCAGUUUGUCCCAAAUUCCCAGUGUCUGUAAAGCAUCAAACCUAAAUGUAAUCAAAAAGACAUGCACAUCUAAUGACACAACCCAAGAUACUUAAACUAGUUUCCUUGAGACAGGAGCAGUUGGGUGGUUUAUUUUCUUUUUCUCCCUUUAAAGAGUGCUAGGGAUACAUGAAGGUGUCUGAUCGAAGAGCCACAGUACUCUCAUUGAUGGGAGAAAGGAAAAGUUUGGUUUCUUGUUGCUUAAAAUGGCUUGAUUGUAUGGCUAAAGCAAUGCCUUAAGAAGUAAUGUGAAACUUCUGUGUUGCCUGCCCUACCCCCUCAGGAGGUGCAUAUUUCAUAGAAUCGUACAUUGUAGAGUUGGAAGGGACCCAAGGGUCAUCUAGUCCAACCCCAUGCAAUGCAGGAAUCUCAACUAAAGCAUCCAUGACAGGAAGCCAUCCAACCUCUGCUCACAUCCAACCAUACACCUUCAGGUGUCUUUCUCUUCGCACGAGUAACCUUUUCAAUUAAAAUAGUCUCAUAAUUUUCUGUUGAAUUUGCUGUUGUUGUUCAUUUACAAAGCUUCAAAUUAAUUUCUCAUUCAUUUGGGAGGAAAUGCAAGAUAAAUUUUCAGCACAGCACUAAUUGAGAUCACCCCUGUCAUGCCACAAGGUCAUAUAUACAGAUGAUCUUGGUGGCUGCUUUUAUUGGCUGUUGAAUCUUCUCUUACGUGAGAUGCUCCCAAUCAAGGAUGAUCCCUGUGUUAUAUCUUAACAGUGCAACAGCUGUCACCAAGUCGCUGGCCUGUGGGUGGCAUUUGUGCCAUGCAGAUAACCUAGGAAUGAUUUCCUUCACUGUUGUUGCCCCUCCCUCCCUCCACCAGGGCCAGCAGUAGCACAGAAAGUUCCCCAUAAAGCAGCCAUGUGGAAUUAAUCUUCCUGUGUUACUGGUGCUGUGUGGGACUGGAAACAACUUGCUGCAAAGGCAAUAAUAUCAAAGAGCCAUACCACAUUAGACACCCAGACGAUGCUAAAAGCUGAAAGAUUGAAGGCAGGCAAAAGCAAUGACUUCUUUGCACAGUUGACUUCCCUUCCACAAGAGGUAGUGCUGGCCACCAAUUUGGAUGGCUUUAAAAGAGGGUGGCGCUGUGGGUUAAACCACAGAGCCUAGGACUUGCUGAUCAGAAGGUCGGCGGUUCAAAUCCCCGUGACGGGGUGAGCUCCCGUUGCUCGGUCCCUGCUCCUGCCAACCUAGCAGUUCGAAAGCACAUCAAAGUACAAGUAGAUAAAUAGGUACCGCUCUGGUGGGAAGGUAAAUGGCAUUUCCGUGUGCUGCUCUGGUUCGCCAGAAGCGGCUUAGUCAUGCUAGCCACAUGACCCGGAAGCUGUACGCCGGCUCCCUCGGCCAGUAAAGCGAGAUGAGCGCCGCAACCCCAGAGUCGGUCACGACUGGACUUAAUGGUCAGGGGUCCCUUUACCUUUACUAUAUAUACAGAGAGAUAGAGAGAGAGGAUUAGAUGAAUUCAUGGAGGAAGGCCAUCUCCUAUCUCCAUUGCUGGGAAUAUCAGUAGGGCAGGUUGCUGUAGUGCUUACUUCCUGUUUGCAGAUUUCCCACGGGCACCUGGUUGGCCACUGCGAGAAUAGGCUACUGAACUAUUGAUUCUUCAAUCUGUUCUAGCAGUUGCCUCUUCUAUGUCUUGUCAGAAGCAUUGUAAAACCAUCUCCAUUAUGGGUGGGUCUAAAAGAGUUGGGAGUUAAUGCCUAAUACAACAAAGCUAUUAUAACAUCAAACUUUCGACAUACGUCUUCUUUUCAUCAAUUUUUUUUUAAACAUCAUUGAAAAGUACUGCAAACUUAGAAAAAGACGGCAAAACCUGUGCUUGGCGAAUACAAAUUUAGCAAAAUUUGUAUGACACUUAAUUGUCAUUAAAGCCUCCUUUGUUACCCACCCAAAAGCAGAGGGUCUUCCCCCCCCCCCCCCCCGUAGGUCUGGAGACAGGCAUCCAUUUUAAAGGAUGACAUUUGGCAUUGGGCAAGCAGAUUUGCCCUGCCUUUCCUGCACCCCUGAAGCCCACAUGCUCCUCAUGAUCUGCUCCAGAAGGUCCCCUAAUCCUCCAGAGCAGAUUUUGGGGUGCCUGUGGAGCUGCAGGGUAGGGGACAAGUCCAUCUAGUCCAAGCUCCUGUGACCAACUGGAUGGAUGCACAGGGGAAGCUCGCAAGCUGGAUUUGAACCCCAAAUGCUCUAUUUCCUCCUGAAGUUUCCAGCAUCUGAUACUGCGGGCUCCCUCUCAUGAGUGGGGACAAAACAUAACCACCAGGGUUAGUUGCCUCUGAUAGCUUUAUCCAGCAUUAAUUUUUCUAACCUGCUUUUAAAGUCAUCCAAGUUGCUGGUCGUCACUGCCUCUUGUGGGAGAGAGUUCCAUAGUCCUAACUUCGUGCUGUGAGAAUAAGUCCUUUCUCUUGUCUGUCCUGAAUCUGAGUCCCAUGGCAUGAGUGGUAGUCUGUUUGGCUGGUGGACAGACCCUAGAAUUCUAUCCAAAGAGAGGUUUCCAGGUACACAUUAUUAUUUUUUGUCCUGCUCUUGUAAAACAAGCCACUCAGCAGAAUGCAUAUACCGACGGCAACCAGCUAUCCUAUUUACAAAUGACCUUGUGCUUUUGUGCAUCUGUCUCCAACCUAAGCAUAUGAUCAUAUGGUGAUUUGUUCGCAUUUGCUCAGCUGGAUUUUGUGUGUGUGUGUUAAAAAAAAAGUCACUAGGUCCUUUAGAAACAUUGAAUCAGGCUCAUCGCAUUUAAGGUACCAAUGCGUUCUCUGUCCCCCUUUUGAAAUUAUUCUGCAGGUCGAAACAGCAUCCACCCUGCUUUUGUCAGAGCGCCGCCAGGUCUUAUAAAAAUGGAAGUUCCUAGCGAUCGCUCCAUUACCACGGCCCAUUUUAUUGGCCCCCAUGUGUUGUCGUCCUCUGGGCCUCUGCUGGUGCCGCCCCCUCGCCGGACUGCGAAGCAACAUAUCUGCACUACGUGUGGCAAGAACUUCUCUUCGGCAAGCGCCCUCCAGAUUCACGAGCGGACUCACACGGGCGAAAAGCCCUUCGCCUGCACCAUCUGCGGAAGGGCUUUCACCACGAAAGGGAACCUCAAGGUGAGCCGAGGAGGGAAAGCACUGAUUUGUAUUCAGGCGCAGAAAAAAUUAAGUAUUGAUCCCUCGCUUUUCUUUCUCCAACCCAAACGGGACUGCUAGUGGUUGCUGUGGGAAAGCCAGAACAGCAGCAAACUUCUGAAGCUGGAACUGGUACUGUGGUCAAAUGUGUUACUUGUCUCCUCCUUCCUUCCAAAUGUUCUUGAGCGAAAACUCUCAUCAUCUCUGACCCACUGGCCAUGCUGGCUGGGCAUGAGGGGAGUUGUAGUUCAGCAACAUCUAGAGAACUACAGGUUCCUCUGCCCUACUUUAAUUAAGAGUCCAACAUGAGUCCCUCUGUUGGGGUGGGGAGUUGGGCCCACCAUCAGCAAGCCCAUAUGCGGCAAUUGUGGCAACCUAGUCAGUUGUGUGGCAAUUUAUAGUCAAUUGUGGAUGUUCCUGCUGCAUUAGUUAUCAGUUGUUAUUUUAAUGGUGCGCUUUAAUUAAUUUGUGAUUAAUUUAAGUAAUCAGAUUUAAUUUAAUUGUGAUUUAUCUUGAUGAGAAGAGGGGCUCAGGAGGACUUAGUGUGAAUACCUUUGCAAUCCUCCUUUUAAAUGCAUUGACUGAGUCGGAGCAGAGCCAGUGGCUGCAGCCCCUCUUCUCUCCAUGUCUUGAACGUGGCUUUGACGUAGAGGACCACAUUAAAAGGGCUUGUCUUUGUGUUGUAAAAUGCCUCUUGCAGAGCUUCCUAAAGCCCACAAGAGUCUUAACUUCAUUGACGUUCAGAAGGUUCCUGCUGCUUUAGCUCUUGCCGGGAAAACCCAGCACGGAGAAUGUACCAUGUUUGUGGGGGUAGGGAACUUCCUCUUGCCAUCUGUCCCCUUCCCUUUUAAUCGCUUGCCUCUUUAAUCUCUUGCAUCUCUGUAGCAUCGUCAUUCCUGGGAGCACAGGGCAAAGUGCUUGGGGUUAUUGCACUUUUCACUAUUAACACACCCGUGAAAGCAGCUUGAGCGAGUGAUGGACUUUGCCCAAGUCACAGUUCUGUGGCUGAUGCUUUACCCAUAGCUCCCAUUUGCUUCUUGCCAAUGGAUCGGUUAGAAGUGGAAACAUCAUUUUGAUAUUUUCCCCUCCUUCCUGUCUCUGUUAAGGUUCACGUUGGAACUCACAUGUGGAACAACUCCCCCAGGCGUGGAAGAAGACUGUCCAUCGACAACCCCAUAGCUCUGCUUGGAAAUGAUCCCAAGAAGGUAUCAGAGAUGUUUCCCAAGGAGGUUGUUCCUGCCUCGGUCAGCCUCGAUCCCUCAGCAUGGAACCAGUACGCUGCAGUCCUCAGCAACGGCUUAGCCAUGAAAGCCAACGAGAUCUCUGUCAUCCAGAGUGGCGGUAUACCUUCUCUUCCAACCACAAUUGGGGGAGGUCCGGCAAUCAACAUAGCAAUGAAUUCCGCCACAGUCUCCAAGAUGGAUGGUUCCCAGUCUACGACUGGUUCAGAGAUCGAGAAGCCCAGCAGCACCGCCACAGACACUGUGCCAAAACGCCAAUUCCCUCACUUUAUGGAGGAAAACAAAAUUGCUGUCAAUUGAAAGCCAAGAAAACUUUGAGAGGAAGCAGAAUGGAUUUUUUUAAAGGAAUCACUAUAGAAACAUAUAUAUAUUAUAUUUUUAAGAGAUUACACCUCAAGUAUCCUUAUUUUCCUAUCAAUGUGCAAAUGAGUCUAUGGUUGUCUUUGUAAAGAGUUGCCCAGAGUACAAUCAUGCUGGUUUUGUUUUGUUUUGUUUUUUGGGGAGGAGAGUCUAUUUAGGGCUCUCCUCUUUUUUUCUUUUCUUUUUUUGGAAAGAUGCGGGUCUUGCAAAGUAGUUCUUACAUGGAUGACUUUAAUGUGUAAAACGUUGCCCGUUUUACAAUGUGAAAAUCCAAAACUGAUGAACAUAUAUACCUCUUUUUGUUUCGUUGUUACGGCUUAGAAAUCAAUUGUGGCUUCAAGAAGAGCAGGGUCAAAUCAGUUGGCCAUUCAGAGAGGGACACAGGGAGUUUGGCACUCCUGGAAUUCACGACUGAUAUGUGGAAAAUAAUUAUGCGGGUAAAUAUCCAAGAAUGCCACCCUUUUAGGAUAGUACCUUUUGCGUGUGUGUGUGUGGUUUGUUUUUAAAUGUGGUUUUGAAUGUAAUAUUACUAUAAUGCCUACUGGACAUGCAGAUCCCACUUUACUCAGAAGAAUGUGUUGUUGGAUAUGAAAAUACAUUUUUAAACUGGCACUGUCUGUUUAAUCCACGAUAAACCUUAAAUACCGUGUACUGGUGAUUGCUGCUUAUUUAAAAACUACAUGAACGCAUGCACGCCAUCAAGAUAACUGUGCCAAAAUCCUGAUUUUGUAGUGCAUUGCUGUUCCACACCCACUGCCACCCCCAAAUAUGCCACAUUGCAGGGAGGAAGUUGGGAGAGACUCACUGAAUGAGCAGGAGGGUAAAAGCUUUGUAUAUACUGUUGAAAGGGAAUUUGGAUCCUUUGGGGAGGCUGAGUUCGGAAUGUUCUGCUGGGAAUCUCAAGGGACUGCGUUUUGGAAGCAGUUCACGUAGCAUGAGGAAACCUUUCGCCUGUUCAUGUAUAUUUGAUUUUCUUGGGAAAUGCCUGUAUCAAGAUUCUGUAUUUAAAAUGAAGUAGGGGGGGUGAGGGGUGUUCUAAUUUGCUAAGACACUUCCAGUUCAGAAAUUCAGGGUGCAAACCACCCAGAAGUUUUAUCUGUAUGGACUUCCUGUGUUCUUGUGGUGCAUUUGGAGUUUGUACAGGAGAAAUCUAGGGUUGCUUGCAGGGGGCGGACAGCUUCCUUUUUGACUUUGUGUAUUUGCAUUUUUGGGGGGAGGGGAAAACAACCCCCCCCCAAAAAAAAAACCCUGAUGGCAUUUGUGUUUGUAUGAAGGUUACUGGGAUGGCCCUGUGGAUUCUAAGUUAUCUACCUCAUUAUUAUUAUAUUAUUAUGUUGUUGUUCUUUUUGUAGUGCUGAGUGUCUAUUUUUCUAUCAAAUAACCACUGUAUUAAACUUGAGAUCCAAGCAGAGGCUACUGUGCACUAUUUGAACCAAAAUAUGAUAUGCUGGUAAGAAUGUCUGAUGAUGUCAUGGUGUGUGUGAGGUUUGCUUGUUUGUUUGUUUGUUUGGGGGCUUUCCCCCCCACAGCCCCUCCCCUCCUCGCUUCUACAUAAUCUCUCUUUGUGGAUGUGAAGCUACAUUGGAAAAUAGAGCUUAGCAUUCGGUAUUAAAAUGACUUGGAAUAAACAUAUGGCUUCUCCCCCACCCCCCGAAUUCAAGGGUCCAGCUGUGCUCAUGUGGAAGGCUCAUGAAACAAUGUGGAUUCAGUAAUAAUAAUAAUAAUAAUAAUGAAAAAAUACACUUUACUUGCACCAUGUUGUUGCACCUGAACUAUAUUGUGUGUGUUUCUCCUCUCAGUUUUUGUUGUUGUUGCUUAGGAUCAGUUUUUUGCCAAGUUGUGCCUUUCCUGCUGGACUUCGUAAAGAACACAACCCUGUUUACACUGUAAAAUGGAUCCUGUUACAUUGAACAUGCCAAAGGUUCAUCCCAAUCAUCAAAUGUCUCUUCUGAGUUGCGAAUGUAUGGACUUUUAAGGAAAUACUGUGUAGCUUUUUUAAAAAAGAAAACUUAUCUACUGAAACGUUUCUGUUGAUGUUAUGAAAAUAAAUUUGGGAUGACUUUUUCACA